AUGUUAUUAUUAUUAGCAUACAUUUUGAUGAGUAAAUUUAAACAAUUGUGUCAAACUUUUCUUGAAAAUACAGUGUGAACAUACUGUUUGGAGAAAACUUUCCUUAUGUGGGGUAUGGUUUUAUUAGUUUGUUUGAAUAGCAGACUUCAAAUGUUGCCGUGUGAAGACUUUUCAAGUCAUUCUAAGCCUUUGCCAUCUUUGAACUCUUAUUGGAGCUGUGUUUUCCCUAUAAAAUUUAUCAAAAUCCAAAUAAUACUGUCACAUUUUGCAGCCUAAAGGAACUGUAUUUUUGGGCAUUUGGGUAUUCCAAGAAUUGAAAAAGAUUGAAUCUUUGUGCCCUGUAGAUGGUGGGUUUUCUUCAUUUCUGGUUCCAUGGUGGAUCUGAAUCUGCAGGGAGCGUAUUUAAGUACUAUACUGAAGGAUAUGAAGUGUUUUCAGUUCUACACUGGUGACAAGAAGGAAGAACCUAAGACUGUGACGUCAAAUUCCGUCUUAUCCUCCUCUUCUGCACUUUCUGAUCGUGAAUUUAGGAAUUCGCGUCUUGAGUCCAGCUCUCAGAAUGCAUCUGAUACGAGCGCAGAGUCCAGAGGACGGAGCCAAUUUCCAAGCUUGUCCGAUAGGCCUUCCAAUCUCAGGGUAUUUACAUUCUCAGAACUGAAAUCAGCAACGAAGAAUUUCAACCGUACUACCAAGAUUGGGGAAGGUGGAUUUGGAUGUGUAUAUAAGGCCACUGUAAAGGGUGGUGAGGAUUCAGUUAAAAAGAUUGACGUUGCUGUAAAACAACUUGGUAGGAGAGGAUUACAGGGACACAAAGAGUGGGUGACAGAAGUCAAUGUUCUUGGGGUGGCUGAACACCAAAACCUCGUCAAAUUAGUUGGCUACUGUGCAGAAGAUGAUGAGAGAGGAAUCCAGCGCCUUUUGGUGUAUGAAUACAUGCCUAACAGAAGUGUCGAAAACCAUUUGUCAGCUAGGUCAGAAACGCCUCUCUCCUGGGCAAUGAGGUUAAAGAUAGCCCAAGAUUCUGCUCGUGGCUUAACUUACCUACAUGAGGAAAUGGAUGUUCAGAUCAUCUUCAGAGAUUUCAAAUCUUCAAACAUUCUCUUGGACGAGCAAUGGAAUGCAAAGUUAUCAGAUUUUGGACUGGCUAGGUUGGGACCUCCUGAGGGUCUAACCCAUGUCUCAACUGCGGUUGUUGGAACAAUGGGAUAUGCAGCUCCAGAAUAUGUUCAAACUGGCCGUCUCACAUCCAAGAGUGAUGUGUGGAGCUAUGGGGUCUUUCUAUAUGAGCUGAUUACUGGUCGACGCCCAUUAGAUCGAAAUCGUCCUAGGAGUGAGCAGAAGCUCUUAGAGUGGGUAAAACCAUACAUAUCAGAUUCUAAGAAAUUUCAGCACAUAUUAGACCCAAGGCUUGAAGGUAAAAUCUCAAGGUCAGCUCAGAAGCUCUCUAUUGUCGCCAACCGCUGCUUGGUGAGACAUCCAAAGUCAAGGCCGAAAAUGAGUGAAGUCCUGGAAAUGGUGAAUAAAGUUGUCGAAUCAUCAAUAGGAGUAGGAAAUCCUGAACCACCUGUGAAAAUUGUGGAACCAACUUCACCAGAAUAUGAAAGAAAAGGUAAAAGGAGGAUAAGUGAUACCAAACUUGGAGAUGGUGGCCGGUUAGUACGCAUGUGGUCAACAAAGCUGAUAAACACCUGUUAAUAAAAUAAUUUCCGAUAUGCAAAAAAAAAUGAGAGGAAGAAAAAGUUAACUAAAACAUUAUAUCCGCGAAUUGACAGCAUGUGGUGACUUUGGACAUUAUAUUCGACUUGCUGCAGAGUUUUCUGGGGAUCUAUAACGAUGAAUGAAGGCGGUUUGGCAUUUGAUACAACAAUUCUAAGGAAGAGUCUGAAGCUCUCAUGGUAAUACUAACUUGAUAGUUUUACUCUUGAUUAAAUGUGGCUUUUUGCCUCUCUACCUUUACCAGGUGGGGGUAAGGUCGUGUACACACUACCCUCUCCAAACCCCACAAGAAGGAUUAAACUGGGUUUGUUAUUGUUGUUGUUGUUGAUUAAACGUGGCUUCUAUAAUUUCCACGAUAUGCAAGAAAUGACUAAGAUGAGAAACUUCUUCUUGUUAUACUGUUAUACAUGAAAAUUAGUGAUACUCCUUGAUACAGAGAAAUGGAGUAUAGUGUUAUUGAACUAA